AUGAAGCGUGCCGCUGCGACGUCAUGCAGUAACCCAAACAACAUACUCUUCAGCUAUUCCCUCAGUGGAAAUACACCCACUCAAUUUUUGGUCGACACGGGUCUGGCUGGCUUGGCUUCUGCUCAAUGGUAUCCUCCUGCUGGCUACAGCACCAGUUUCACAGGACAACUAGCUGGUCUCUUCGCACCAAAUUACCUUGGCUACCAACAGCUUUCUUCCUACGAUACUGCUGCUUGCGCUGCAUACUGUAACGCCCGCUCUGAUUGCAAAGCAUUCAACAUCUACAUUCAACGUACGCCUACUUCUAUUCCCGAUGACUCCUGCCCCAACCCCAACGCUGCUGCUCAGAUCACUUGUGCGCUAUAUGGCAGUCCAGUAAGUGCCUCGCAGGCUACCAACAUUGGGCAAUACCGCAAGGACUUUAUGGUCGUCAUCCAGGGAUCCAACGGUUAUAACCUCAAUCCAGCUCCUGCAUCGAUCUCAACCUUCCAAGGUCCCAGUGCUCUGGAUGCUGUCGCCUACAGCUCCAACAUCUACAUCGGCCAAAAAUACUUCUCGACUUACGAUGUGACUCAGUGCAGUUCUUUGUGCAGCACAUAUACGGCUAACAGCAAGGCUUCUGCACAAAGUAACAAGGCUUCGACCUACACUCCUUGCAACUACUUCAACGUCUUCAACCUCACAUUGAACGGGCAAUCCCAGUUGAUGGGAUGCUAUCUCUUCACCACGUCUGAUGCGGCAAACUACGACAUCUACAAGACAGCAAAAGACUCUUCGAGUGGAACUGUUUACAACCUCACCAACUCCUACGGUUAU